AUGCUGCCAACAGGAGCCAUAAUAGCAAGAUACUUGCAAGUGUUCAAAUCAGCAGACUCUGCUUGGUUUUACCUUCACAUCAUUUGCCAAACCUCUGCCUACAUCGUCGGUGUUGGUGGCUGGGCCUAUGGUCUCAAACUCGGCCAUGACUCUGUUGCUGUUGAGUAUGACACCCAUAGAGCUGUUGGCAUCACCAUCUUCUGCCUUGGAACUCUUCAGGUGUUUGCUCUGUUUUUGAGGCCAAAAAAGGAUCAUAAAUAUAGAAUCUUCUGGAAUUUCUACCACUACUUGGUGGGAUAUGCCACAAUAAUCCUGUGCGUCUCACCCCCUCCUAGUUGGCUCUAUUUGACCCUGCGUCUCUCACCUUCUCCUUCCUUUCCCCUUCUCCUUUUUUGUGCUUUCAUCCGCCUUACAUAUAGUCUCUCCUCCUUCUCUGUUCUGUAA